UGGAGUGCGAUGAUCACGCUAUAUAAAAACAAGGGAGAUAUCCAAAGUUGUAAUAAUUAUAAGGGGCUGCUUAGACAUACGGAGACGGUGGUUGAAGUGAGGGUGAGGACCAGUGUGUCCAUUUCUGAGAACCAGUUCCCUUUCAUGCCGGGGCGUUCGACUAUGGAAUCCAUUCACCUUGUGAGGAGAUUGGUAGAGCGGUAUAGAGAUGAAGAAGGACUUGCACAUGGUGUUCAUUGACCUAGAGAAAGCAUAUGACAAAGUCCCGAGAGAGGUGGUCUGGCGAGGCUCGGAGGCUAAAGGGUCCCAGUAGCCUACAUUAGGGUGAUUAAGAACAUGUAUGAUAGAGCUAAGACAUGGGUUAGGACAGCGGGAGUAGACUCGGAACACUUUCCGGUUGUGAUGGGAUUGCACCAAGGAUCAGCUCUUAGUCCAUUUUUAUUUUCCUUGAAUGCAUUGACGAGGCACAUUCAAGGUGAGGUGCCAUGGUGUAUGUUAUUUGCUAAUGACAUAGUCUUAAUUGACGAGACGCGGGGUGGUGUUAACGAGAUGCUGGAGGUUUGGAGGCAGACCUUAGAGUCUAAGGGUUUCAAGUUGAGCAGGACCAAGACGGAAUACUUGGAGUGCAAGUUCAGCAACGGUACCAAGGAAAAGGAUAUGGAGGUGAGGCUUGAUACGCAAGUCAUCCCCAAGAGAGGUAGUUUCAAGUACCUUGGAUCUAUAAUACAAGGUAACGGGGAGAUUGAUGAAUAUGUUACGCAUCGUAUCGAAGAAGGAUGGAUGAAGUGGAGGCUCGCUUCAAGUGUCUUGUGUGAUAAGAAUGUGCCGCUGAGACUUAAACGUAGUUGUAGUUAGACCGACUAUGUUGUAUGGAGCAGAGUGUUGGCCGGUCAAGAACCCUCAUACCCAGAAGUUAAAAGUAGCUGAGAUGAAGAUGUUAAGGUGGAUGUGUGGACAUACUCGGUUGGAUAAGAUUAAUGAAGUUAUUCGGGAAAAGCUAGGAGUGGCCUUAUGGAGGAUGAGAUGCGGGAGGCGAGGUUGAGAUGCUUCGGACAUGUUAAGAAGAGAAGUAUAGAAGCCCCAGUGUUUUGGAAAGCGUUAAGCGCAAAAAAGCGACGAGGCGAAGCGAGAAGCGAAGCAAGCGCUUUUUUCAUGUGAA